AGCGGCGGCGAAGGGACAUGCGCGAGAAAUAAGAGAGUGUGCAAGGGCGCAAUAUCACAUGUUUGUAGCUACACGUCGUGCCUUUGAAUUGGUGACAGUGAAUGAAAAGAUUGCAGUCCUUUGUGCUGCGUACUCUGACGUGCGGAAAACAUAUGCUUUGUCAUCGGCCGUCCUGUGGAGGCAGCUAGCAGAUGAUGGAAGCUACUGUCACUGAUGCUCUCAGCAGCAUGAAUGGCGAGCUGCACAAUAACUCACAGUCUCUUGUGGAAAAGAAAAACAACGAACAACCAUGCAAGAAAACAGAGUUCGAUGCUUUGUUUCAAUAUAGCAAACCACCAAAACCAGUACUGAGUAAGCGGAUUGGGAAGAGUGUAAGAUGCAGCCCAAUCAAAGUAAUAACUUCUCUCUUCCCUAUACUUUCAUGGCUUCCAAAUUAUAAAUGGAAAAGUGAUCUGAUACCAGACAUCAUAUCGGGCUUUACUGUUGCUGUUAUGCACAUUCCGCAAGGCAUGGCUUACUCGAUGUUGGCUGGUGUUCCUCCCAUUGUUGGAAUCUACAUGGCUUUCUUUCCUGUUCUGAUCUAUGUUGUGAUGGGUACUUCUAGGCAUGUUUCCAUGGGUACUUUUGCUGUGAUUUGCAUGAUGACAAGUAAAUCAGUAUUAAUGUAUUCAAAUGAGGAAUCAUCUCAUCCAUCAACUCUGGUAGAUGCAAAUGCUACAGACAGCUCACUUGGGAAUCUUACAUCAGCAUCAUCUGAAUCUGUUGGUUACACAACAAUUCAAGUAGCAACAGCUGUUUGUUUCGCUGUGGGAGUCUGGCAGAUUCUGCUUGGUGUUCUCCAUCUGGGAGUAGUUAGUGUUCUUCUGUCAGACACACUUGUGAGUGGCUUCACAACAGGGGCUGCAGUUCACGUACUGACAUCGCAAGUUAAAAAUUUGUUUGGGAUCAAGAUACAGAGAUUUAAUGGGCCUCUUAAAAUUGUAUAUACAUACAUUGAUCUCUUCAAGAAUAUAUCAAAAACUAAUUUGAUAUCAUUGGGAAUCUCAGCUAUAGCCAUAUUACUUCUAAGUAUUUACAAUGAAUUGAUUAAGCCACGCAUUGGGAAAAAGCUGCCAAUCCCUUUACCAACAGAACUUUUGGUAAUAAUUACAGGCACACUGGUGUCAAUGUAUGUGCAUCUAAAUGAAAAGUUCUCUGUUACUGUCCUCGGUGAAAUUCCCACUGGAUUUCCACCUUUUUCACCUCCACCACUGGAACUUCUUCCAAAAGUGCUGACUGAUGGAUUUACUAUUUCCAUCGUUGCAUUCUCUGUUAAUAUGUCAAUGGCUUCCAUAUUUGCUAGGAAGCUGAAAUACAGUAUUAAUGCCAACCAGGAACUGCUUGCAUCAGGAACUGCUAACAUCUUUGGGUCCUUUUUUUCUUGUGUGCCAUUUGCUGCAUCAUUAUCUCGAAGUUUAAUACAGCAAACUGUAGGAGGAAGGACUCAGCUGGCAAGUGUUGUUUCAUGUCUCUUGCUGACUUUAGUGCUUCUUGUCAUUGGACCUUUCUUUGAACCACUACCAAAUUGUGUUCUAGCUUCAAUAGUUGUUGUUGCUCUUAAGGGGAUGUUUAUGCAAAUCAAAGAAGUGCCAAAGAUUUGGCAUGAAUCACGCAAGGAAGGUCUUAUAUGGAUUGUCACCUUUUUGGCAGUUGUGUUUAUUGACAUUGAUUAUGGCUUAGCAAUUGGAAUAGCCCUCGCUCUUCUUUGUGUUCUGAUUAUGGGACAAAGGCCAAAAGUAUACCUAAUGGGCCAUGUUCCAAACACUCACAUAUAUCUGGAUCUCAGCCGUUACCAAGCUGCUGAGGCACUACCUGGAAUAAAAAUUAUUCAUAUUGAUGGUGGUUUACAUUUUGCUAAUAAAGAUAAUGUACGUUCCAAAAUUUAUAAGCUGCUUGGAGCUAUACCUGAAGCUGGAAAGGAUGGUGAUUCUGAAAAGGCUAGCAAUUCUGAAAAGGUUUACUGUGUGAUUCUUGACAUGAUGUCAGUCACCUUUGUGGACCCCUCAUCUACAAAAACACUCUUAGCAAUUUUUGCAGACCUUGAGAGUAAAGCAGUCUUAUUUUGCAUAGCAGACUGUUCAGCAACUGUUUAUGAAAGGCUGGUUCACUGCAGCUUUUUUGAAGACUUUCCAGAAACACAAGUGUUUCCAACGGUUCAUGAUGCUGUGCUGUAUGCAAAUCAAACAGUUCCUACUGAAAAUAGGUGACAAAGGUUGAACAAGCAGAGAACAAUGUGUGUGUCCUACAAUUAGAUUCUAGGUUCCUGUAGGCUGUGAAAACAAAUGUACUUAAGAAUGUGAAAACUAUUUAUAUUUUAUAAUGGCCAACGACAGAAAAUACAAUUUUUGUUUGU